GGGAUUGCCAGACCACCAAGGUGUGCGCAGAUGCCCUUGAGGUCAAACCUGAAGAAAGUUUAGGAAAUCACGCUGAUAGAAAGCCAGCUGACUCUCUUCAAUCCAUUCCACUCAGUGACAACACAGCCAUCGCUUCAACAGAGCCAGAAAAUGAGGACAAAACGAAUCCGCAGCAGCCCAUCAAAAGGUCUCAGCGGCUACAGAUCAAACGUGAGAGGCAACACAAGUCUUCGGAGAAGAAAGUGCAGCAGAUUGGCUCGAAACGUCAACCCAAAGUGAGCAGAGAGGCGAGCACUGAGAAACCGCAGUGUCCAACCAAAUCUCUCUCCAAACAGGACAAUGCAGAUAGACUGGUUUCGGGUCAGAUACAAGAUGGCAAGCUCACAAGAUUGAAGAGCAACAGUCAACGUGGAGUUGGCAAAAGGACCUUGCGGACAUCGGCAUCUAACAACCUCCGCGGGUCUUCAUCAGUGAAACGAGCCCGGAUGAUCCACACUGGGCUGGGAUCUCCCAAUGACAGCAAGCAGGGGCUGAAGCAGGACCGGAGGCCAUGCAAACCAUCUGGAGACCAUCAGGACGAGGCUAAAGAGAGAGCAACAUGUCACACGCAAAGUGAGGAGCCGAAGUCUUGCGAAAAUCAAGGAGUAGAAGAGAAAGCAAAUGGAGAGCUGGCAAAACCUGUUAUGGAAGAGGUGGUUACAUCUGCGGAGAAUGGACAGCCCGCUCAAGCUAAGAGCAAAGCCACACCCAACGGCAGCUCUGCUGGAAGUAAGAGGUUCUGCAGGCGGAACAGCUCCCAGAUUGACCCAAGGGAGAGGAGGUACCGGUGUGACAGCUGUGGGAAAGGCUUCAUCCAACUGUGUCACCUGAAGAAGCACCAAUUCAUCCACACCGGCCACAAGCCAUUCCUGUGCAACGAGUGUGGCAAGACCUAUAGCUCUGAGGAGAGCUUUAAAGCCCACCAGAUGCUGCACCGUGGCGAGCGGCCCUUCAAGUGCCAACAGUGUGACAAGGCCUAUGCCAUGAAGCGGGACCUGCGGGAGCACGAGCGAGUGCACUCGGGGCAGCGGCCGUUCGUGUGCGGAGAGUGCGGCAAGUCAUUCGCCCGCCCGCCCUCGCUCCGCGUCCACCGCAAGCUGCACCGGCUCAAGUGCAUGUGCACACAUACAUAUACAGUACACCUGAACUUGGGCAACCCGCGGGCCUGUCGCUGCAGCGUGUGUGACAAGGAGCUGUCCAACCCCGGCUCGCUCAAGAACCACAUGCGGCUGCACACGGGCGAGAAGCCGUUCGUGUGCAAUUACUGCGGCAAAGCCUUCCGGCAGGUCGGCAACCUGCGUGGCCACCAGCGCCUGCACACCGGCGAGAAGCCCUACAAAUGCGACGACUGCGGGCAGUUCUUCUCGCAGCUGCCGGAGCUGCGUCGGCACCGCAUCUCGCACACGGGUGAGGUGUACCUGUGUACCAUCUGCGGCAAAGCCCUGCGGGACCCCCACACCUUCCGGGCCCACGAGCGGCUGCACACCGGCUACCGGCCCUUCAAGUGUGAGCAGUGCGGCAAGGCCUACACGCUGGCCACCAAGCUACGCCGCCACCAGAAGGUCCACCUGACCGAGAAGCCCUUCCGGUGCGAGGUGUGUGGCAAAGGCUACGCCAUGACCCAGACCCUCAAGCGGCACAGGAUGGCGCACAAGCGGAGCGAGGCGCGGACCGCGGGCGAGGUUGCCCGGGCCGUGGCCUCCUUGGAGAAGGAAUCCGGCCAAAGCAGCACCAACAGCGCGGAGACGCAGCCCCCCGGCUCUGCCGAUACCCACACAGUUCUGAACCUCUACGUGCAGACUAUUGAGAUGGUGGAGAUCCCGCCUGGUGAGCCGGGGCUGGGCACGGCCGAGCAGACUCUGAGCCUGGCCCCCCGGAGUGUGGGGGACGGGCUGGCGGGGGUCACUCAGGUCCUGGCGGGGAGUCGGCAGCACUUGAGUGAGGACCUUAUAGAGAUCAUCAUUCCCGAGCGGGAGGAUUACACUGAAAGGGUGACCACCACGAACUGUGUGGUUGUUCAGGAGAAACUGACGGGGAGCGAUGUGGUGAUCGAAGAGGACAUUGGGUUUAACACUGUGGCUGAGGUAGUGGAGAUAUCCACCGGCAGCUGAAACUGUGCAAUUCUUACUUGGUGUUUCCUCUCGUGGGCCGGUGGGGUCGGUCUGACAUGGAGCAGAGCCACAUAGUUUGAUUGCAGCUGAGUUAACUGACGGCAACACUUGGGGCUUAAUUGGCUUCAAUGUCGCCCGGCUCCCACUCGCCGCGGCCCCAAGUUCCACCUAGCCAUAGCCUGCAACACCGUUCUGUCUUAAAAAAAUGUGAGAUUGCACAGAAUCCUGGAGACAAUUCUUCAUUUCAGUUUGGAUUUGGAAACUCGUUUUCCCCAAUUAAUGGAAAUAGCUGGCUUCCACAUCAAGGCCGAGUUUUCCAACAAUUCCUGGAUGUUUCCGUGUGCUCAGAGAUAUCCUGACAUGCCUUGAAACCCAUCACAAUGUUUAAGUGUCCAAGCUGAGAAUUCCAUACAUC